AUGCUGGCCACAUCAUUUCUACGAAAUUGUUCCCGAUAUUAUCAUGGAAUGUCCACCAUCAGAAUUUCUAGAUUAUCUGGGCCACAAAUUCUACAAUUUCAUAAUACAUCGCAACAACAACAACAACAACAGGAAGAAUCAUUUGUAAACAAUACAUUCACUGGCUAUAUACCAAUAAAUCAAUUAGAUAUUAGUUAUUGUACUAGUUCUGGACCCGGUGGUCAAAAUGUUAAUCGAAAUUAUACAAAAGUAACGAUGAAAUUACAUCUACCAACAGCUAAAUGGAUACCAGAUGAUAUUAAAAAUCGUAUCACAGAAUUGCAUAAAAAUUCCAUCAAUAAAGAUGGAUAUUGGCUCGUACGAUCAGAUAAAACAAGACAACAAUUAUUAAAUGUAGCUGAUUGUAUGGAUAAACUACGCUGCUAUUUGGCCGAAGCGGCUAAACCGCCUAAAUUGGAACCAUCAUUUGAAACGCUGGAAAAACAACGUCAAGAUCGCACAAAAACGAAUGGAAUUUGA